GUAUUAUAAAUAAUUUUGUCGAAUUGUAUAGAUAUUUAAUUACAACUCCUCCUUGCUCAUAUACAUAUUGCACCGACAAUUGAUUUACGUCAAAAGUUUGGCAAAAAAUACAGGUGUUUCAACAUGGACGCAGCAAACACUAUGAGGAGCAACUACAUGCGCAACGACGAGUUCUUCAUGGCUAUUGCCUAUCUGGCCGCGAAAAGAAGCAAGGAUCCCACCACUCAAGUCGGCGCCUGUAUCGUCAACGAAGAUGGCAUCGUGGUUGGCGUUGGUCACAACCAUAUGCCCCAUGACUCUGACGAAUUUCCAUGGGCAAGAGAUUCCAAAGAUAUACAACUGAACAAGUAUCUGUACGUGUGCCACGCUGGACUAACUGCCAUACUAAACAAAAAUUCUGCAGAUGUGCGGGGUUGCACCAUGUAUCUGACUCUAUUUCCAAGUUGCGAGUCUGGCAAAGUCAUGGCUCAGGCCGGUAUCAAGGAAAUUGUUUACUUGACCAACAAAUAUACAGAGUGGGAAGAAACUGAUGCAGCAAUAAAGAUGUUUGAAAAGACAGGUGUCAAAUUUAGGCAAUUUGUACCAAAUAAUCAGGAAAAAAUUGAAAUUAAUUUCAAGGAUAUAGAAACAAAUUCCAUCAGGGAGAACUACAUGGACCGGGAGGACUUCUUCAUGGCCAUCGCUUUCUUGGCCUCCCAAAGAAGCAAAGACCCGAUCACUCAAGUAGGUGCCUGUAUAGUCAACGAACACGGUGUAGUUGUUAGCGUGGGUCACAACCAGAUGCCCAAAGAUUCCGAUGACUUCCCCUGGGCUAGGAACUCGACCGAAAUAAAAGGAAAUAAGUACCCAUAUGUAUGCCACGCGGGACUGACGGCCAUACUGAACAAAAAUUCAGCGGAUGUGAGAGGCUGUACAAUGUACGUUACUCUGUUUCCAAGUUCCGAAACUGCCAAGAUCAUAAGCCAGGCGGGAAUCAAAGAAGUUGUCUAUUUGUCCGACAAGUAUGAAAGCUACGAAGACACUGAAAUCGCUAAAUAUAUAUUUAAAAUGACAGGAGUGAUGUGCAGGGGAAGGAAUGCAAAACGAGAGGGAUACCUGGACUGGCAAGAAUAUUUCAUGGCCACAGCUUUUCUGGCUGCCAAGAGAAGCAAGGAUCCAGUAACUCAAGUUGGUGCGUGUAUCGUAAACGAAUACAACGUGAUUGUUGGUAUUGGAUAUAAUGGAAUGCCCAAGGGUUGCAAUGACGAUGAAUUUCCCUGGUCAAAGGAUUGCAGUGAUCCACUAGACAAUAAAUCAUUUUAUGUGUGUCACGCGGAAGUGAAUGCCAUACUUAACAAGAAUUGCGCAGAUGUGAAAAACUGUACUCUAUAUGUUGCUCUGUUUCCCUGCAAUGAAUGUGCUAAGGUCAUUAUUCAAUCGGGAAUAAAAGAAGUCGUUUAUAUGUCUGACAAGCAUGCUCAUAAGAAUCAUACCGUUGCCUCUAAAAGGAUGUUUGACGCAGUGGGAAUCAAAUAUAGACAGUUCAUACCAAAGAACAAGAAAAUCGUAAUCGAUUUCAUGGAAAUCAACUGGGACAACAUGAGUCAGUUACCAGAUACACCAAUAAAAAAUGGCUCGAGCAGUGAUAUCAAUGGUGAUGAUGUGAAAAGAAAAUUAUAACCGUUAUGGUUAUUUUAACAAUUUUACAAAUCAAUUUUUAUAACUUGAUGGAGAGGUUUAAUCUCAUCAUUUUAACGAAUAACUCCCAGGAAGAUUUUAUUGCAGAGAAAGUUUUACAAAUAAAUAAAAGUUCAUAAAGUAUGUAUAAAUGUAAUUCAUAUUUUUUUUACCAUCUUAUUGAACUUUUUUGUUUCUCAGAAACAUAUCCCUGUUUUGAUGCUCCUGGGAAGAAUUUUCAUUUGUAAGACUUUUUCUAGUUAGAAUUUUUUUAUAGAGGGUGACCCAUUUCAGAUCUAACCAGGUUUUUUUUUUAAGGCAGAACACAAAUGUAGCUUUAAACAAAACGCCAUAUGUUAUUUUUACUAAUCAAGACCUACCAUAACGUUUUUUUGUAGCUAAAAUUUAAGAAAUUAUAUUACUAUUUAUUUUAUACCUACAUCGGAAUAUUGAAAUUGUUAAAUAAUGUAAUCUUCGAAAGAAAUAUCUUCUUGUUGCUCUAAUAUCACCCUUGACAAAGAUUUAUAUGCAAAUAGCUGUGAUAGAUAGGACAUUUCUAUUUCUGCAUUUUACUUUAGGAUUUCAAGUGACGUUCUUGCAAUUGGAAUUAAUAAAUGUUAUAAUCUUUCCGAAGUCAGUUGAGCAUGUAAAAAACGCCUGGCAAUAAAAUUUAAUGAGUUUCAUAAGCGUCCCUAAAAGUUCUGAUAAAGGCACAAAAUUAUAAUUUGUAUAUAAUGUGCAGAAAAUUUCUAUUAUACAUUUAAUUGACCAACAA